GAUCGCGUCAAUCCGCUGCUACUACUGCUGGCAGAACAAACAUAUAGCUCCACUCCCUUUCACUCCCCUCAAUGGCCACGGAAAUACAUGUGAAUGGUGCAGCGACUUCAAGCGACUGGCAAGAUCGAUAUUACCAUGUUGACCAGAUCCUUGAUAGACCUGGCCCCCGAACUGAUCCAUCAUUCCUGGCAGGGGAUGAGGUGAAGGACUUUUUGCGGAACAAGUGCAAGAUUCUUGUCAUCGGCGCAGGUGGUUUAGGAUGCGAGAUACUCGCCAAUCUUGCUCUGACUGGGUUCAAGGAUAUCCAUCUCAUCGACAUGGACACUAUCGACAUCAGCAAUCUCAAUCGUCAAUUCCUCUUCAGACCUGCAGACGUUGGAAGACCAAAGGCCAUCGUUGCUGCAGAGUAUGUGAUGAAACGGGUGCCGGGAGUCAAGGUCACACCGUACUACGGCAAGAUACAAGACAAGGACGACGAUUAUUAUAUGCAGUUUAACCUCGUCAUCUGUGGUCUAGAUUCUGUGGAAGCACGUCGAUGGAUAAAUGCCACUCUCGUUAACCUAGUGGAUUCUGAGAACCCUGAAAGUUUGAAGCCCCUCAUAGACGGUGGUACCGAAGGUUUUAAGGGGCAAGCUCGAGUCAUCCUUCCGACUGUAUCAUCAUGCUAUGAGUGUUCGCUUGAUAUGCUCAACAAGCCAACCACCUUCCCUAUCUGCACCAUCGCGAACACGCCCCGUCUCCCUGAGCACUGUAUAGAAUGGGCCUCUGUGCUUGAAUGGCCUCGCGUGCGCGGAGAUGAGAAACUCGACACUGAUGAUCCUGAGCACAUCGGGUGGUUGUAUUCAAUUGCUGUUGCUCGUGCAAAGGAAUUCAAGAUUGAAGGCGUGACCUGGUCACUUACACAGGGUGUUGUCAAGAACGUCAUCCCUGCAAUUGCAUCCACUAAUGCCAUCAUCGCUGCUUCAUGUUGCAACGAAGCCUUCAAGAUUGCAACAAGUUCAGCGGCUUAUCUGAAUAACUACUUCAUGCUCAUUGGGACCGAAGGAGUGUAUUCGUACACCUUUGAGCAUGAAAAGCGCGAUCAUUGCCCUGUUUGCGGAGGUGAAGCCCUGGAGAUGUCCAUAAGUCGAGAUUGGACUGUCGAGCAGCUCAUUGAACUGUUGACUGAGAAGCAGACCAUUCAGAUUAAGAAACCUUCUCUUGCGACACCGGAAAAGCCGAUAUAUUUCCAACAACCACCCCAGCUGGAAGAAUCUACGCGCCCGAACUUAGAGAAGAAAGUCUCUGAACUUGUCCCUGAUGGUGGAGAAGUUGUGGUCACUGCUUCGAGUUUACCUUUCAGCUUGUCGCUCAUCGUCACUUACACGUGAACAAGUUGAAGGUACAGUAUCUUACAUUUCUCCAUGGUUAUCCGCAAUGUAGCAGUAGACAUUUGAAUGCACGCAUUAUCACGGUUUGUUUACGAGUAA